AAGAUGCUUGUCAAAUACUGUCCCUUGCCAAAGCAUUUACUCUUUAAGUUAAUGGCCCAUUUGUUGCUUUGAAGUGAUAAACUCUGGCAGUCUAGACUCUUUCAUCUUAUAAGAACUUCAGUUGGGGAAUCUUUUCACCAUAUUGUUUCACUUCAAAAGAAAUACUGACCGACUGUAGGAGGCCUGUUAACAUUGGCUGAUGCUAAAUUAGCAUGAGAAAUUAAUUCAGCCUCUGGGAAGCUGAUUGGUUUAGAGCUUUUGCUUUAAAUUUAUUUCACAUCCUUUCCUCUGUUUCUUUCCUUUUUUAAAAAAAACAAAAUAAAGUGACUUCUGUGGAAGGAGAUGAAGCACAUUUGAGAAAGUAUUUGAAUAAAGUGAUGAAAUUGAAGGAUGUGAGGCUAUCUCACUCUGCAGUGAUUGGCACUUCACAGCUAUAUAUUGCAGUCAACUGACAUAUUAAGUUCUGCAGUCAUUUUCUUUGUUCUUUCUCAUGUGGCCUUAGUUAAGAUUGUCCUAUGGUAUCACCUUGUUAUGCAGCCAGUCAGAAUUGGCUAUAGACAAUUGACUGGAAGGAUAACCAUUUGUAGCCUGCAAAACUUUAUUUUAAUGCUCACAGAAGGAUAUUACAAAGAUGGGGCCAUGUCUGCUUUGUGCAAAUAUUGUAACCAGAAUGUGCCUUUGACUAGGAUGCUAGGUUGCCUAAAUGUUUUUGUGUGAAGUGGGAUUGCAGAGGGAACUCUUUAUCUGAUAACUUAUUUCCAGCCUGUUGUCAAGUAUGGUGGUGAGGUCAGAGAUGCUGCUUUAUGAGGAAUAGCUUGGGGUUGUGAUAACCAGUAAGGCCUUAACAGAGGGAACAUGCGUGUAAGGUAACGGUAGGCAUAUGGGCAGGAGAGUCUCUUUCUCCCCACCAUUGUGGUUUCUUUUUUUGGCACCAGACCAAGAAGAUAAAAUUCUGGAUGGGAUUGAAAAAUUGUGGCAAUCCUCAACCGAAGACAGAAAUCUUAAAAGGUAUAAUCCUGGCUCACACUGUACCUGUUUAGUCACCUCCGGUUACAUCUGCAUAGAUUGCAGGGAAUCAACCAUAAGCUAAUAUACAAAGAGAGACUCUCUCUAUAGCUCAGGCAUGCAAUUAUAUUCUUGAGUUAGGCGCCUGAGAAAUAUUACAAAGAUAUAAUCUUCCCAUAUUGGGUAAUUAAAAAGAGCGCUCAAACCACCAGCGCGCCCAUCAAGUUACAUCUUGCCAAGAGAAAGAAACAAGUGCAACACUUCUGAGAUCCCCUUCAUUUCAAAUAACUUGCAGUGAUCAUGAGGAUGUAGUAAUUAAUGAUGAGAAGAUAAAGGGAUAUUGUCUGUUAAACAUUAAUUCAAAAUAAUUAAAAGCUCUUUACCAGCCUCCACGUGUGGAGUAUGUCUGCCAAUCCCCACUGAGGAUGCUGUGCACCUAUGGCGACUGCAAGGAGUCUCAAUUUUGGCCAUGCAGUCUGGGUGGCUUAGCAGAGAGCUCUGAGAAGUUGAGGCUCAGUUUGAACUCUUCUCUGGUGAAGCAGACAACCUUGCUAGAAAUGGCUUGGAGCAAGUAGGGUUUGGAUUGUUUUUAUCUUUAUUCUUUAUUACUAUUUUAAUGAAUACGUCCCUUCAACCCAUCCCACUGCCACCGGGCACUAACUCUUUAAAGAAAGGACCUCUUCCUUAAGCUCUUAUCUAAUUUUUCUAAUCUGUUGGUUUGAAGUUUCUCUUGUUUUGGGAAAGGGCUCUGGAGAAAACUAUGGAAAUGUGGAAGUUCCUAAGAGGAAGAAAGGAGAAUGCUCCAAGAAUGUCUGAGAAGCAGUCUGAAGAUUCAAGGUGCCAUCACCUAUGAUGGACCAAGACUUUUUAGCCCUUAAAGGAGAUUAUCAGGGCAUCUUCUAUAUACCACUCUGGCUUCUAAUUUGGAAGAUUGGACAUAUGGGGAAGACGCUCUGUGUGUGGCUCUCAUCCUUGAAGAGGAAAACUCUUGCAUCUGCUGGUCUAGAGCCCUUCACCUCUUUUCAUGUAGAGCUGCCUGCGCUUUGGUAUAUUUGGACUUGUGGCCUUUCUUGUCCUCUGGAAUAUCUGUUGUGGUAACUCUGGUUUAUGGAAGAUGCCGGAAGCGCUGGAGAAACUAAAUGGAUCCUAACACCAUCAGGAGAACGAAGGAACAAGCAGUGAUAAUGGUUUGGCUAUGGAUAAUGUGCCUUCUUGGCCUAGCAUCUUCUCUGGAAGAAAUCCUUUUGGAUACAACAGGAGAGACCUCUGAGAUUGGAUGGACCGCCCAUCCUCCUGACGGGUGGGAUGAGGUGAGUGUCUUGGAUGAUAGGAAGCAUCUGAUUCGAACCUUUGAGGUAUGCAAUGUUGCUGAGCCGGGACAGAAUAAUUGGCUGCGCACUCAUUUCAUAGAGCGUCGUGGAGCCCACAGAGUUCACAUACGCCUCCGCUUUUCUGUUCGUGACUGUGCCAGCAUGAGGACCGUGGCUUCUUCUUGCAAAGAGACUUUUACCCUUUACUAUCAUGAAUCCGAGACUGACCUAGCCACUGCUGAGCAUCCGGAGUGGCACGAGGGCCCCUGGACCAAAGUGGAUACAAUCGCCGCUGACGAGAGCUUCUCUCAGGUGGAUAGCUCUGGAAAGGUGGUGAAGAUGAACAUCAAGGUGCGAAGCUUUGGGCCAUUGACGAAGAGGGGUUUCUACUUGGCCUUUCAAGACUCUGGGGCCUGCAUGUCUCUGGUGGCUGUCCAGGUUUUCUUCUACAAAUGCCCUGCAGUGGUGAAGGGUUUUGCCUCUUUCCCGGAGACGUUUGCAGGAGGUGAGAGGACUUCUUUGGUGGAGGCACCAGGAACUUGUGUGGCCGAUGCAGAAGAAGCCAGCAGUACUGGCUCCUCUGGAGUGAAGUUGCAUUGCAACGGGGAAGGCGAGUGGAUGGUGGCGAUUGGAAGAUGUGCCUGUCGUGCCGGCUAUGAGCCUAUGGACAGUGAGAGAAUCUGCAAAGCUUGUCCCAGAGGCACCUUCAAAGCAUCGGCGGGAGAUGCCCCUUGCAGUCCUUGCCCUACCCACAGUUAUGCUUCCAUCCCGGGUUCCCGGGAAUGUGGCUGCCAGGCUCAUUAUUACCGUGCUUCUUCAGACGUCUCAGAUGCCCCCUGUACUAGCAUCCCAUCGGCCCCUCGGGAUCUCAGCUAUGAAAUUAUUGGAUCCAAUGUCCUUCUGACCUGGCGUCUCCCAAAGGAUCUGGGUGGUCGAAAGGAUGUUUUCUUCAAUGUCAUCUGUAAAGUGUGUCCGACUGGCUCUCCAGGGCCUUGUGUCCGUUGUGGGGACAGUGUUCAGUUUGAACCCCGGCAGGUGGGGCUGACCGAAAGCCGGGUUCAAGUGUCCAACCUCCUGGCUCGUGUUCAAUAUACCUUUGAGAUUCAAGCAGUCAACCUUGUGACUGAACUGAGUCCAGAUUCUCCACAUUAUGCUGCCAUCAAUGUCAGCACCAGCCAGUCAGUCCCUUCUGCUGUCCCGAUGAUGCAUCAGGUGAGUCGCACCCCAAGCAGCAUCACUUUGUCCUGGCCACAGCCUGAUCAGCCGAAUGGAAUCAUCUUGGACUAUCAACUGCGCUAUUUUGACAAGUCAGAAGAUGAGGACACUUCAUUCACCUUAACCAGCGAGACUAAUAUGGCCACCAUCUCCAGUCUAAGCCCAGGAAAGAUAUAUGCUUUCCAAGUACGAGCCCGGACAGCAGUGGGUUAUGGGCCCUAUAGUGGAAAGAUGUAUUUCCAGACUCUUGUAGGAGGUGAGCGCUCUGAGAUGGUUCAGGAUCGGUUGCCUCUUAUUGUAGGCUCGGCAUUGGGUGGACUCGCCUUCAUGGUAAUUGCUGCCAUUGCCAUCCUGGCCAUUGUCUUUAAAAGUAAGAGACGAGAAACUCCAUACACAGAUCGCCUACAACAGUACAUAAGUACUCGGGGUCUUGGGGUCAAAUAUUACAUUGAUCCUUCUACCUAUGAAGACCCCAAUGAAGCUAUUCGGGAAUUUGCCAAGGAAAUUGAUGUAUCUUUUGUCAAGAUAGAGGAAGUCAUUGGAUCAGGAGAAUUUGGAGAGGUGUGUUUUGGCCGCCUGAAGCCUCCAGGGAAGCGUGAAUACAUGGUGGCUAUUAAAACCCUGAAGGCCGGCUACACUGAUGAGCAGCGGCGGGAAUUUCUAAGUGAAGCCAGCAUCAUGGGACAAUUUGAGCAUCCAAAUGUCAUCCGCCUUGAAGGUGUGGUCACCAAGAGCCGCCCCGUCAUGAUUGUCACCGAGUUCAUGGAGAAUGGUUCUCUGGAUUCCUUCCUCCGGCAAAAGGAAGGUCAGUUCAGCAUGUUGCAGCUAGUUGGCAUGUUGCGGGGCAUAGCAGCUGGCAUGCGUUAUCUCUCAGAUAUGAAUUAUGUUCACCGGGAUUUGGCUGCCCGCAAUAUCCUGGUCAACAGCAACUUGGUUUGCAAAGUAUCAGAUUUUGGCUUGUCAAGAUUCUUAGAAGACGAUGCUUCAAACCCAACCUAUACUGGGGCCUUGGGUGGCAAGAUUCCCAUUCGUUGGACAGCUCCAGAGGCUAUCCAGUACCGUAAAUUUACAUCCUCAAGUGAUGUCUGGAGCUAUGGCAUUGUAAUGUGGGAAGUCAUGUCCUAUGGAGAGAGACCCUACUGGGACAUGUCCAAUCAAGAUGUAAUCAAUGCUAUCGACCAGGAUUAUCGUCUUCCACCACCUCCGGACUGCCCUACUGUUUUGCACCUGCUGAUGUUGGAUUGUUGGCAGAAAGAACGGGUCCAGAGGCCGAAAUUUGAGCAGAUAGUCAAUGCCCUAGACAAGAUGAUUCGCAAACCAUCUGCUCUUAAAGCGACAGGCACAGGAAAUAGCAGACCAUCCCAACAUCUACUAAGCAACUCGCCCCCAGACUUCCCUUCACUCUCCAAUGCCCAUGAAUGGCUGGAUGCCAUUAAGAUGGGACGUUACAAGGACAACUUUGACCAAGCUGGCCUGGCUACAUUUGAUGUCAUCUCACGCAUGACUUUAGAAGAUAUCCAGCGCAUUGGCAUCAGCCUGGUUGGUCAUCAGAAGAAAAUCCUCAACAGCAUCCAACUCAUGCGGGUCCACCUCAAUCAGCUUGAACCUGUUGAGGUCUGACAAACUGAGAACAGUCCGUUCCCCUUAAAACACAUGGAGAAUCAAAUGAGCAUUUUGCUGUCGAAGAGAGGCAGAACAAUCCAUUUCAGGCAUGGAUGGGAGCACAGGAAACAUUGCACUCCACUUCACAGACCAGAGAAAAUUUAUAGAGAGUCUUUGCUUGUUUUCUUUAUUUUUUUAUUAUAACUUGAAACACUACAAAUCCUGUGUCAUUUAGAGAUGGGUGGUAUUGUACAUUUGGGGUGGGGUGGGCUGAUAGUACACAGGGUAGAGCUGAGAAGGUAGCUUUGGAAUUGGAAAUGCACUCACUGCCAAUUCGAUGCCAACGUAUGGGAUUGAACCCGUAACAGAAACAGACACCUCAGAAGAUUCUACUUUGGACUAGCGGCCUGUAAAUGGCAAGUUUUAAGCUGGAGCAAGCAAAGUUGAGUUUAAUAUAGUGUUGAAAAGACUGGGUUGCCAAAAGAGACCCCUUGAAAGCUUUUGUCCAGCUAGUGGAAUUUGGUGAUGAGAAGAGCAUUGCACCAACUUUUUCUUUUGGGCAGUUUUGGUUAAACAGACACAAAGCAAGACAGUCUGAAUGCUGUUUCAAGUAGUGCAUUUUGAAUGCUGUUCAAGUUGGCAGAGGUGGACAAAUCCAAAUCAUGGGACAGAGUCUAGACCAAGGGUCUCUAACUUGUGGUCUAGGGGACUACUACCACUCUCCAAAUCAUUUUCUGUGUCGUGCAACAAUGCUUAGCCCAGCAAGGUCAGGGCACUGAGCAGCAAGGAGAAGAAGAAGAACAGCUCAGCAGCUACUUCAGCCCCAUGACCUCACAAGGUGUCCUUGUAGGCCAGGUUGCAUAGAACAUGCCCAAAGUCUCUCUUACAAGCAGCCCUUCUGAGACUUCCAGUUGCUCUCACAUUGCACCAUGGAUGCCGUUUCUGUGGUGGUGCUAAAUUCUGCUGGCGGGAGCAGCAAGGAGGCAAGGCAUAGCCAGGAAAAGAGGUCAGGAGGUUGGGGCUGUGUGAGAGAAGAAAAGAGGCAGUUGAGAGAAGGGUUGCAGCUGUCUGCUCUAUUGGAAGGCUCUGUCUGAUGGGCAAAGCAUGAGAAGGACAGAGGGCAAGCAAGCAAGAUCACUGCCAGGAUAGGAAAGGAAAGGAGAAGUGUGGGGAGGGGGGAAGACCAAAGGAAAGAUGUCCCUCUUCAGCAAGGAGAGAGAAGAAAGAAGGGAUACAGCUCUUGAUGGGAUGGCUUUCCUACUUUAUAUCAUCCUAGGUAUGAUCAUGAAGAAAUAUUGCAUAUCAGCGCAGUAAUAAAAACCAAAUAUUGGUGUUCUAGUUAAUGAAACAAUUGCUGCCAGCUAAGUAGCCAAAGUGAAAUAGCUGUUUUGCAGCACUGUUUUGCAAGUAGCUCUGUUUCACGGUACCUUUUAUAUUUAAUAAAUUUAUGUUUAAUGGCAUAGCGCAAUACUCUUCAUUUUUUUACUUCCUAGAUACUUUUGAAUCACGGUAUGAGAAGGCCGGAAGGGUGAGGCCCUCAAGCUAAUGAACCAAUCCCAUGCAGCACUCAUCCGAAUUGAGUCUGAGCCCCUGGUCUACAUGUACCACAGUUCACUUGAAUGGGAUUUGCACUGGAUAACUUUGUUGUGUAUUGGGCCCCAUAGUAUUUGGUAACAGCUUGCUGGGGGCAUUUGGAGUGUUAGUCUUAGGACCCAAAACAUUUUGGGCCUCUCGUGGAUUGGUGUUGAUCCUCUGAUAGGAUGUCAACAGCCUAGUUGAAGUAAGAGUAGGUAGCAGUACAGUAUAUCUGUCUCUAGGAAGAUGAAAAGUCAUUCUUUGCAAUUUCUAAUUGGAUGUGGAGACCACAGAAACUGAAAUAAAACAUUUUACCAAAAA